AUGGAUGUCUGCGUGCUUCUCGUCUGUAAACUGGCGGAUCCCAUCAAGGUGGCCGUGGUGGGCAGCACGGGCAGCAUUGGAACCCAAACGCUUGACGUCAUACGACGGAUGAAUGCGUCUUCAAAUGAGCCAAAGUUCAAAGUGGUCUCCCUAACGGCAAACACUAACGUGGACGACCUGGCCAAGCAGGCGGAAGAGUUCAGGCCUAAUCGACUCAAUAUAAAUGUUGAAGGUUCGAUUUUGCGGGAUAAGGUGGCCGAUGGGUGCCACAUUACCACCGGUAAGGAAGGAAUGUUGGAAAUAUGUGACUCGUCUGACUACGAUAUCUUGGUCAUGGGAAUCUCUGGGUGCGCAGGUAUAGAACCCACAAUAGCUGCGGCCAAAGCCGGCAAGAAGCUGGCACUAGCGAACAAGGAAUCGGUGGUAUCAGCAGGUGCAUUGCUUCGAAGCGUUGUUAGGGAGAACGGAUGUGAAAUCAUACCCAUAGACUCGGAGCACAACGCGCUGUACCAGUGUCUGAUGACUUCAGCACGGGAUUUCGCAGACCACAUAAAGCAGAGGGAUGAAAAACCGCUAUGUGGUCUUUCAACGAAUGUCAUCAAUUCAGUGAAGCGGCUUAUAGUCACUAGCAGUGGAGGCCCGUUCAGGGACAGAAGUCUGUCAGAAAUGAAGUCUUUGCGGAUAUCGGAUGCUCUCAAGCAUCCCGUGUGGAGCAUGGGCGCAAAAAUAACAGUUGACUCAGCCACCAUGAUGAACAAAGGACUAGAGGUCAUAGAAGCUAACCAGCUUUUCGGAAUACCCUAUGAACGGAUACGUGUACUGAUACACAAGGAGUGUAUUGUGCAUUCUCUGGUAGAAUUCGUUGAUAACUCCGUGAUUGCGCAACUCUACAAGCCGGAUAUGAGGCUCCCAAUCGCAUAUGCACUCCACUGGCCGGACCGCACUGAAAACACGUUGCCCGAACUGGACCUAACCAAACAAAGCCUCACGUUCACGGAACCCGAUCUGGAGAAAUUCCCGUGCCUCAAACUGGCUUACGAGGUUGGCAAGAAGGGCGGACUGUACCCCACGGUGCUAAAUGCUGCCAAUGAACAGGCCAACGACCUUAUGAGGCAGGACGCUAUAGCGUACAGUGAGCUGUAUCCAUUGGUGCGUGACGCUGUCGAGGCUUACAACCCGCCGAAUUCGGAUGGGCAGGACAUAGAGGUACGUGCUGUCGAAACCAAUUAA